AUGGCGACAGCCGGAGUAAAGCGGUCCUACGUGGCCACCGCCAUGAGCGAUGAGGAGGACCAUCACCACCACCAACUCGAGAAUCCCGCAAAGUUCAUCCGCGUCGACAGUCGCAAUGGCCACUCUGCUUCGCCGAGCCAGCCCCAGAGCCCGAGGACCAACAGCAGCAGAUAUUCCUUGGCUGCGUGUUCACGACCAGCGACGCCAAUUACAAGACCAGCAACACCCGUGGCCCAUAUCCCCGGCGAGGUUCCGCCAUUCCCUGCCGAUGCCUCCAUUGUCCUCGCCGGCAUUCGCGGUGCAGGGAAAUCAACGCUCGCCAUCAUUGCCUCGACGGCCAUGGAACGGAGGGCCGUCGACUGCGAAAAAGCCUUCCAACAAGUCACCGGCCUGACCAGCUUCGCAUAUAAGAGGGCCCAUGGCUCCGCUGAAUGUCACCGUCGACAGACAGACGUCCUUCGGGACCUCCUCGACCAGAACUCCAAGAGCACUCUGAUCGUGUGCAGCUGGAUGGAACGCGGGGUCCAGACUCUUCUACGGGACUUUUGUCGUACACAUCCUGUCGUGCAUAUCGUCCGGGACGUCAAGGCUAUUCAAGACCACCUAAAGAUCGAAGACGAAGACAAGGCGAGGAACCUGCUGGCCGCCAGCAGCACCAUUUUUCGGACAUGCAGCAACCUUGAGUUCUUCAACGUAUCUGAGACGGCAGACCCAUGGAUCGAAACCGAUGCCGCGAGAAUUGAGGCUCAUGCUGGCGGUCAGAAGCCUCCUGCUCCCUACCUGACUCUGAAGCGGGCAGAGAGGCAUUUUCUAAAGUUUCUCAGUCUCAUCAUGCCCAAGAGCUCCAUUCCCUUCAUCGAGUCGGCUUUCCCGCUGGCUUCUAUACCCACAGAAGACAGACGGUUCACUUACGCCAUCUCGGUUUCUUUGUCCAGCCUGCUCAACAAUGAACUUGCCAUUGAAGAGCUGGAGACUGGAGCUGAUGCUAUCGAGAUCGUCGUCGACGGAAUUGCGGGUGCAUCCUCGCUAGACUCCGAACGGGCGGCCGAUAUUGCAAGAACCAUCGGGUCCAUAAGGAGGAGCACCGUCAUACCCUUGAUGUACCACGUUGUCCUUCCAGAUUCUUCAGAGUCGGUGUACAUGGACUACAUAUUGCACGGCCUACGACUCUGCCCCGAGUAUCUCACUGUCGACCUCCGCCUGAACGACUUUCAACUCCUGCACAUCAUCUCCAUGAAGAGACGUUCAAAGAUCAUCGGCCACCUAACGCCUGCUGCCGACUCUCCACCGUGGUCAGAUCCGUUUUGGAUGUCACAAUAUCAUAGAGCGCGGCGUCUAGGUUGUGAUCUCGUCCGGCUCGUCAAGCCGGUGACCUCAAUCAAGGAUAACUUCGAUAUCAGCCACCUCAAAGCCCUAGUGGAGGCUUCCACAGGCCACAAGAUUCCCCUCAUCGCUUACAACUCUGGUCCUCGCGGCAGACAUUCCGCGGCUAUGAACCACGUUCUGACCAGUGUUGUGCCAGAGAAGCCGGUAGCAUCAAGUUACAAUCCCAACCAACCAUGCUUGACGGCAGCUCAAGCGACGCAAGCGCUGUACAACUCAUUUCUGUUCGACCCCAUGAAGAUUUACGUGUUUGGCGCCCACGUCUCUUACAGUUUGUCGCCGGCCAUGCAUAAUGCCGCCCUCAAGGCAUGCGGCAUUCCCCACCUCUAUCGACCAUUCUCAACACCAUCCUUGAAUGGGCUACGAGAGCUCAUUGAGGAUCCUUGUUUCGCGGGUGCCAGUGUUGGCCUGCCCUUCAAAGUUGAAAUCAUCACCCUCACACACUCUCUGAGCCGACACGCGCAGGCUAUUGGCGCAGUCAAUACACUUGUUCCUGUUCGUCGACUGAACCCCGACGGCACAAUACCAGAAGACGAGAAGCUCUUCAACUGCCGCAAUCGUGCCGGGCCGGUGAGGGCACUCUAUGGCGAAAAUACGGACUGGAUCGGUAUCCGGGCUUGUAUUCGCAGGGGCCUCUCUCCCGCCAACGCCGUACGAACAUCAAGUUGCGGCCUCAUUAUUGGUGCUGGCGGUAUGGCUCGCGCGGCAACCUAUAGCAUGCUGCAGCUUGGAGUCAAGAAUAUCGUGGUGUACAACAGGACAAUCAUGAACGCGGAAAAGAUGGUAAAUCACUUCACUCGCCUGUUGAAACGGCACGAUCUGCCACUCCUCAGUGCAACGUCGGAUGUGGAAACGAAAUUUCACAUCAUUCGAAACCUGGAGGAGCCAUGGCCCGAAGAUUUUCGGCUGCCGACGAUGAUUGUUUCUUGCAUCCCGACACAUAGUAUUGGCGAUGUCCCCGCACCCAACUUCGAGGUGCCACAGGCAUGGCUGGGCAGUCCGACUGGCGGUUGUCUGGUCGAAUUGGGUUACAAGACGCUGGACACUCCGAUCUUGAACCAGGCGAGGAAGGUAUCGCAUCGGGGCUGGGUUACUAUGGACGGUCUUGAUCUGUUACCCGAGCAGGGUUUCGCUCAGUUCGAGCUGUUCACAGGCAGACGAGCACCGCGUAGAUUGAUGCGAGGAGAGGUUUUCCGUGCCUAUCCCGACGGGCAUGACCGCGCAGCACUCGCACAGUUGCAGCCGCGACUCAACAAUAUUGUCGAGCAGGAGCCAUGA